AUGGCAAAGUUCGUUAAGAGAAAUUCGAUCGAGGAAGUAGCGGAGAUGGGGUGUUUUGGGUGCUUUGGUUUCUCGUUUUCGAGGAAGCCAAAGAAGGCAGUGGGGCCAAGUAGGGGUAUUAUGGUGAAUAAUAAUGCAUCUCACGAGUACCUGUUGGAUGAUGACGUGGAAGAUGAUGACGAUGAUGAGGGUGGUUCUUCUUAUAAUGGUGAUAUUAUGACCGACACGGGGAAUGGAGAGGAUUGCGACUUUGUGAGUCCCAGAAAAAAAUCGGAGGAGAUACUCAUGAACCGUUUGCAACAGGGUUUAAUAUGCAGGGAAUUUCCAGUUAAGGAGACCCAUGCUGUGAUUCGGUCUGAGGAUGAAGAUGGAAACAAGACGGUUAAUGAAUAUGUUCGUGAACGCAAGAUUGGAGCUGGAAGCUAUGGUAAAGUGGUUCUCUACCGAAACCGUGAAGAUGGCAAACAUUAUGCAAUAAAGGCGUUUCACAAAUCUCACCUAUUGAAGCUACGAGUGGCACCUUCAGAAACUGCAAUGACUGAUGUUCUCCGUGAGGUUUUAAUAAUGAAAGUAGUGAGCCAUCCUAAUAUAGUCAAUCUAGUUGAGGUUAUUGAUGACCCAACUGCAGAUCACUUCUAUAUGGUUCUUGAAUAUGUUGAAGGCAAAUGGGUCUGUGAGGGUGCUGGUCCUCGGGGUGGUAUAGGUGAAAAUACUGCACGCAAGUAUUUACGUGAUGUGGUUUCCGGUCUGAUGUAUCUUCAUGCCCAUAAUAUAGUCCAUGGGGAUAUUAAGCCUGACAACUUAUUAGUUACUGCAUCUGGGAUUGUCAAGAUUGGUGAUUUCAGCGUUAGCCAGGUUUUUGAGGAUGAUAACGACGAGCUUCGCCGUUCUCCUGGUACCCCUGUUUUUACUGCACCUGAGUGCUGUGUAGGCAUAACCUAUCGUGGGAAAGCUGCGGACACUUGGGCUGUUGGAGUUACUUUGUAUUGCUUUGUUCUUGGGAAGUACCCUUUCUUAGGAGAGACUCUACAAGACACCUAUGACAAGAUCGUAAAUAACCCGUUGUUGCUUCCCAAUGCAAUGAACCCCCUUUUGCGAGACCUUCUUGAGGGUCUUCUCUGCAAAGAUCCAAGACAAAGGAUGACACUUGAGAGCGUGGCACAGCACGCCUGGGUCGUCGGUGAAGAUGGGCCCAUCCCUCUGUACUCGUGUUGGUGUAAGCGCGGUGAGGGCCCGUAA